GAGAGGCAGUUGCGUCUUCCUCCCGCCGCCGCCUUCCUUGAAACCUUUUCGCGCCACAAAAACACCACACCCAUCCAUGCACGGCCUACCCAUACACUCCCGAGCCGUCGGCGUCUCCGUACGUACGUAGUUCGAUUGCAGCUGAGGCCGCCAUGGCCGCCGCACCGGUGGUGCCGCCGCCGCCGCAGGCGGACGACCUCGAGCCCUUCUCCCCCUCGCUGUUCCUCGACCUGCCCCCGACGCCGCACGCCGCCGCCGCCGCCGCCGACGACGACGACCCCAGCAACGACGACCUCCUCCUCCCCUUCAUCUCCCGCAUCCUCAUGGAGGAAGACAUCGACGACAGGUUCUUCUACCAGUACCCCGACCACCCCGCCCUCCUCGACGCCCAGCAGCCCUACGCCCAGAUUCUCGACGACGUCUCCUCCUCCGCCGUCGCCGUCACCAGCAACACCAACACGAGCAGCUCCUCCGACGACCACUCCGGCGCCGCCACCAACAGCACAAGCGACGACUCCGCCAGCGCCACGUGCCCCUACAACCCAGUCGAUCUGUACCAGCUGCUCCGAUCCCCGGCACACCCCCCCGGCACGCUCGCCGGCCUGCCCGAGCCCGACCACCACCACCACACCUUGCUCGUCGCCGACGUCGAAGGGGAGGUGGGCGCCGACCCGAAGCUGCUGUUCGCCGGCGCGGACAGGGACAGCGUGGAGAUGUUCAACCUGGCGUUCCUCAAGGGAAGGGAGGAGGCCAAGAAGUUCCUGCCCACCAAUGACACCCUCUUCGCCGGCUUCCACGGCAGCGCGCGGCCGGAGACGGAGACGGAGCCUGUGGUGGAUGAGACAGCGCUGCGAACAUUCGGAGGAAGAGACGGCGGCGGCCGGAAGAAGAACAGGCACGGCGAGGACGACCUGGAGGCUGAGACGGGCAGGAGCAGCAAGCUGAUGCUGCCAGGGCGGGAGGACACCGCAGCCGCGCGCGAGAUGUUCGACGAAAUUAUGCUCGACGAGUACGAGGUCUUCAUCAAGGGGAUGACGGAGCUGCGCAUCGCCAUGGACAGCGAGGCCGAGAAGAACACCCGGAACAGCGGCCGGAGGGAGGCGCGCGCGAAGGCUCCGGUGGUCGACCUGCACGCCAUGCUCAUCCACUGCGCGCAGGCGGUGGCGACGGGCGACCGGCGGGGCGCGGCCGAGACGCUGAAGCAGAUCAAGGAGCACUCGUCGGUGCGAGGGGACGCCACGCAGCGCCUGGCGUCCUUCUUCGCCGAGGGGCUGGAGGCGCGGCUGGCCGGCACGGGGAGCCAGGUGUACCAGUCGCUCAUGGCGAGGCGCACGUCGACGGUGGACUUCCUCAGGGCCUACAAGCUGUUCACCGCGGCCUGCUGCAUCAAGAAGGUGAGCUUCGUCUUCAGCAACAGGACCAUCUACGGCGCCGCGGCGGGGAGGCGCAAGCUGCACAUCGUCGACUACGGCGUGCACUACGGGUUCCAGUGGCCAGGCCUGUUCAAGCUGCUGGCGGCCAGGGAAGGCGGCCCGCCGGAGGUGAGGAUCACCGGCAUCGACCUCCCCCAGCCGGGGUUCCGGCCGGCCCGCGAAAUCGAGGAGACAGGGCGCCGGCUGAGCAGCUGCGCCCGCGAGUUCGGCGUGCCAUUCAGGUUCCACGCCAUCGCCGCCAGGUGGGAGACGGUCCGCCGCGACGACCUCGCCGUCGACCCCGAGGAGGUGCUCGUCGUGAACUGCCUCCACCACCUCAACACCCUCCACGACGAGAGCCCCGACGGAGGCGAAGACACCCCGAGCCCCCGCGACGCGGUGCUGGGCAACAUCCGCGCCAUGGGCCCCGCGGUGUUCGUCCAGUGCGUGGUGAACGGCACCUACGGCGCGCCCUCCUUCCCGACGCGGUUCAGGGAGGCGCUCUUCUUCUACGCGGCGCAGUUCGACGUGCUGGACGCCACCGUCCCGCGCGGCAGCGGCGAGCGGCUGCUGAUCGAGCGGGACAUCCUGGGGCGGUGCGCGCUCAACGUCGUCGCCUGCGAGGGCGCCGGCCGGGUGGACCGGCCGGAGACGUACAGGCAGUGGCAGGCGCGCAACCGCCGGAGCGGGCUGGCGCAGCUGCCGCUGGACCCGGGCCUCGUCCGGCUCGUCCGCGACAUGGUCGGCAGGCUGUAUCACCGGGACUUCGUCGUCGACGUCGACCACCGCUGGUUGCUGCAGGGCUGGAAGGGCCGGAUACUGUACGCCAUGUCCACAUGGGUUGCUCGCUCAUGAUCAAGAUUUAAUCCAUCUUUUACUUCGCUCCAAUCACCUGCUUUGUCAUUAGCCUAUGAGAUUUGCUUCGGUUCAACAAAUCGUUUCCUAGUAUUGGAUCUAAUGAGUAAGAUGUGCACUUAGAUCCAACGAUCAGAAAUGAUUUGGUACCGUGAGAUAUCGGUACCUAGAGAUAUUUUUUGUUAGACUGAAGAGCUUAUUACCUCGAUCCGCAUUCGUCUUAUGUUAUAAGAUGUUCUGGUUUUCGAUAUUUUCGUACUCUUUCCUAGGUUGUACAGAGUGCCACUGGUGUGAGUAGAAACAAUAUUAUGAUUCGAUUUUCACUGUUUUCAAAAUAGCCGUUUCAUCAAAAAAAAAUACGUGCUAUGUUGUCAGUUUUCGGUUUGUCAUCACUUCCGUGCUUCGUUUUGUAUGCCCUCCAUCACAUGUAUGGUUGCAUAUUGACUGCAACUGCAAGACUGUAAGUGAUCUGAUCUGUGCAGCUACCAAAGGUGUCUAAGCAAGUCUGUAUGAUUUUCCCUUUCUGGUGAUCUCCUUUACAUGUAAUUA